CCAGUGUUGAAAAUCUCUACUUAGGGCAUUUUCUUUCUUUGUUUCUUUUGUAAUCCAGUUUUAUGCACUUACCACACGUUUCCUCAUCUUAAACCCAGCAAUGCAAUCUUUCCAAAGCAGCGCAGAAUCCCCUUUUCCCAUUUUGGGUACCCAGAUCAUCAAUUCAUCUUCUUCACCUUCUUCCUUGAGAGGUCUGUACGGGUGGCUCUUUGACUGCCAUGGGGUUUGGAACAACUUGGUUCUUCUCGUCUCCUCACUUCUCUUUGUGCUCUACCUGGUGUUUCAAGGCAAGAAGAGCUUACAGAAGCUCUCCCAUGCCAGGUCUUCCAUCAUGAUCGCCUAUUACGUUUGCCUUUGGGUCAUUAGCUUGCUCAAUCUUGCUUGGUGUUCUCUUCAGGCAUGGGGGUGUGACCCUACAAAGGAAAUGGCAUUUAAUAUCUUAUCACUGUUUACAACAUCUGGGAUGCUGUUUCUUGAAGUAAGUUUGGUGGCCUUUUUGCUUCAAGGAAACCAUGCCAGUGGCUUAGAAGCUUUGACACGAACAUUUGUGAUCUCAGGUCUCAUCGUUGGUCUGGAUUUAUUCUUGAAGGGUCUAUACCUAUUUGGAUUUGGGAUUCCUUUGUUUGUUGACAAUAGUGAACAACACCAUACUAAGUGGGGCUUGUGGGUUGGUCACAGACUAGUGCUUACUGCUGUUUAUUGCAUCAUACUGUUCAUGUACCACUCAAGGUGGAGAGAAAGGCUACCUGCAAGACCUGCAUUCUACAGAUAUGUCGUUAUCAUCUUCAUCUUGAAUGCACUGACACUGUUUGCUUGUGGGCUAAGUACAAGUGGAGCUAGUUUUGGGUUUUGGUUAUAUGGUUUUACAAUUGUCUGCUAUCACGCCUUCUACCUUCCUCUUCUAUAUGUGACGUUUCUGGCUGACUUUUUCCAGGAGGAAGAUUUGCAUUUAGAGAAUGUUUACUACUCAGAGAUGAAAGAUGCUGGCUUCUUUGAUGCUGAUUGGGAAUGAUCACAACUAUUUUGAAUAGCUAGAUUUCCAUGUUAGUGCUCUUCGUGUGCUGCAAUGUAAAUAGGUUCCUGCAUUUGCUAAAUGUAUGUAUGUGCUGAAUCUGCUUUUGCAACAAGGCUAUGGUGAGUGUUGUAUAAAUUGCCUAUCUAGAUUGAAAUGUGAGAUUAAUUAACUGCACUUAUUAUUUUUUCUUUUUGUGAGAAUAAAUGGCUAUUAUAUUU